UUCGGCGACUCUGCUGGAGCUAAACGGCAGCGGAGGUCAUACAAAACUCAAAACGAUAAGCUCGUUGUUUCGUCGUCUCUGCUUGGCGAAUCAAUAAUAAUAUUACUUGCAGCAGCAUCAAUUGCCGAAGAAGCAAUCGCUGAUCACCCUUCAAGGCUCGAAGCUUUUCCUUACUCCUGGAGAUAAAAGCCUCCACGGCUUCAGAAGCUGCAUUCAUGGAGUCAUCGCUGGAGGAGGAGCGGCGGCAGAACCUGCUGCUGCGCGCGACGGAGCCGCCAGAGGAUCUUGCCGUUGCCGGGUACACAGGUGAUGGAUCAGUUGACUUUAGAGGUUUUCCUAUUUUAAAGCAUAACACAGGGAACUGGAGAGCAUGUUCAUUGAUUCUUGGAACUGAAAUAUGUGAACGUUUGGCCUACUAUGGAAUCUCAAAAAGUUUGGUCACUUACCUUUCAACAAGGCUACAUGAAGGAAAUGUCUCUGCUGCGAGGAACUUCACAACCUGGCAAGGAACUUGUUAUCUUACACCACUUAUUGGAGCAACCUUAGCAGAUUCGUACUGGGGAAAGUACAGGACUAUUGCUGUUUUCUCCACUAUUUACUUUCUUGGGAUGGCGGCAUUGACACUUUCAGCAUCAGUUCCUUCUUUCCAGCCCCCUCAAUGUGUUGGGUCUAUUUGUCCACAACCGACCUUACCUCAGUACCUUAUAUACUUUGUUGGAUUAUACAUGAUUGCUUUGGGAGCUGGUGGUAUAAAGCCAUGUGUUUCGUCCUUUGGGGCUGACCAAUUCGAUGAUACUGAUCCAGUUGAGAAAACAAAGAAAGGCGCUUUCUUCAAUUGGUUUUAUUUCUGCAUAAAUAUUGGUUCUUUGAUCUCUGGCACAGUUCUUAUUUGGGUACAAGAGAAUUAUGGAUAUGGCAUUGGAUUUGGGAUCCCUACUUUUUUCAUUGCCUUGGCUAUUGGAAGCUUUUUUAUAGGUUCAGAAAGGUAUAGAUUUCAGAUACCGGGAGGAAGCCCACUUACAAGAGCAUGUCAGGUAGUUGUGGCAGCCACUCACAAGCGAAAAGCGGAUUUGCCAGUUGACAGUUCUCUUCUCUAUGAGCUAGAUGGUAAGACUUCAGCUAUUGAGGGGAGUCGUAAGCUGGAGCACAGUAGUGAAUUCAGCUUGUGUCUUGGAACUUCCUGGACACAGCAACCUUUUUCAGAACUAUGAAAGGUAAGCAUACACAGGAUUUGUACAUACGCAGAGAUUCGCAUACUGUCCCAGUUGACACGUUCUCUUUCCUGAACAGUUUCCUUGACAAAGCUGCAGUCGUUUUGUGGAAUGAACAUGAUGGUUCUCGCAAUCCAUGGAGACUUUGCACAGUCACACAAGUUGAAGAGCUUAAAAUAUUACUGAGGAUGUUUCCAAUCUGGGCAACAGGAAUUGUGUUCUUCACCGUAUGUGCUCAAAACUCAUCGAUGUUCAUAGAACAAGGGAUGGCCCUCGAUAACCAAAUUGGUUCUUUCAAGAUUCCAGCAGCAACUCUGUCAUCCCUAGAUGUUAUCAGUAUUGUUGUUUGGGUUCCAAUUUAUGAGAGAUUAGUUGUGCCCAUAGCCAGGAGAUUCAGUGGAAAAGAGAGAGGUUUCUCAGAACUUCAACGGAUGGGAAUUGGUCUAUUUGUAUCUACAGUUGCAGUGGCAGUUGCAGCAUUAGUCGAGAUCAAGCGUCUGCAGGUCGCAAGAGCAGAGGAUCUGGUUCAUCAGAAGGUACCUGUUCCUAUGAGCAUCCUUUGGCAAGCACCACAGUACUUGCUGGUUGGCGUGGGCGAGGUGUUCACAUCAAUCGGUCAAGCUGAGUUUUUCUACAAUCAGUCACCAGACGCCAUGAGAAGCCUAUGCUCAGCUUUCGCUCUUGUUACCGUGUCACUUGGAAGUUAUCUCAGCUCAUUCAUCUUGACCCUGGUGUCAUAUUUCACAACUCGAAAUGGGCAAUUGGGGUGGAUCCCUGAUAACUUAAACGAAGGCCAUCUUGACCGUUUUUUCUGGCUGAUAGCUGGUCUCAGCUCUUUAAAUUUCCUUGUUUUUAUAUAUUACGCUCAACAAUACAAGUGCAAGAGAGCCUCUGUUGCUUAAAGUUCCGGGUUUCCUUUUCCUUUUUGCAAUCUAUUUGUACAGCAAAGCUCUAUGUACAAUUUGUUUAUUCUGAAAUACUACAGUGCGUCAUAAUCUCUUGUGUAGCGUACAUUACUUCAUCUUUGGUACUGGACACAACAUUACUUGGAUAAUAAUACAUCAUUUACCCCAUAGACAUUUUUUCA